AGUGUCUCACGUAUAAAUACGUGCCAAUCACUUACAAGUAUACUCACGCCUGGAGGCUCCCUGGAUAUACGCGUUCUACAGCAUGUUUCGCCUGUGCGUUGUUCUCCUGUGUAUUUUUUCGCAACAAUGCAUCGGCGAGAACUCAUCGAAAAAUGUUUCAGAUACUCGCACCGCCAAAAUUGGCAAAGGCGUUGAAGUAAAGGCAUACGUUGUGUAUGACACGGAGGAAUAUGGCAAAAAAUACCAAUCUCAAGAACCCCGGAAAAAGGGCGCAAUGUGGUACUUCCUAGACCUGUUUGACGAGGUUGAAAGGUACUUCCACAGUCGGAAUGUAAUGGUAAACUUUAGCGUCAUAGCCGUUGAACAGGAAAAGAAUAUAUGGGUCCGAACGAACGAUACCCUCGACACAAAUGCCACAUUGGAGAAGCUGCAGAAGAUGCACUCAUCGAAUUAUAGUAGACCGAACGAGACCAUUGUUUAUCUAUUCACAAACAAGACACUACCUGUCCCAGGACAAACUGAAACCGCCACGUUCGCAACUUUUUGCACUCCCAACGUUAGCGCAGCAAUAGUAGUACAGCCACCCGGAAACAUGAGUUACACAUCAACUGUUGAAGCUACGUCAGUAGUAUUUGGAGCAAGUGGUUCAGCGAAUUUUACCAAAGAAGACGUUGAGAAAAUGAACGAAACUUUCUCACACUGUCACAUCAAGCGGAGAUAUAAAACUACAAAGACAACAACAACUACAUCAACCACGGUUGUCAUGAAUGCUAGCGUCAACUAGUAUUAUAAUCGUACCGCACUAAAACCGUGCGUUCAAGAAGAAAAUGAACUCGCAAAUAUAUGCAAUGAU